ACGGUCCACAUCGUCUUGCCGUCGCUUGGCAUCGCUACGUCGUCGGUUAGAAAAAUUAGUUUUUUUUAUGCCGUGACGCGCACGCGUGUAACUCUGUGAAUUAUGUGACGACAGACGUCAGCCCCAGCAGCGAGUCGUGGAGCAAGCAGCUCGUAAUACUUUGUGACGCCAACAGGAGUGACAGACGAUGUAAGGGUGCAACUGCGAUCAAGGAAAUUACACUGUUGAUGUAGCCACGUUGGCGUGGAGGGCAGAAUAUCAGGGGUGCAAGAGGGAUUGGCAGAAUAGGUAGACGCAGGCAGAGCGGCGGGGGCGGGGGAGGAGGACCCAGAGGUGGCAUGACGCGACCUCCCAACAAUGAUAAUCUCCUGACCUUCAAACUAGUAGUUGUCGGGGAUGGAGGCGUUGGAAAAAGUGCCCUAACGAUACAAUUCUUCCAAAAACUCUUUGUCACCGAUUACGACCCGACGAUAGAAGACAGCUACAUUCAACACACGGAGGUGGACAAGCAAUGGUGCAUUCUGGAUGUACUCGACACCGCUGGACAGGAGGAGUUCAGCGCCAUGAGAGAACAAUAUAUGCGCAAAGGAGACGGUUUUCUGCUGGUAUAUUCCGUCACGGACAAACAAUCGUAUGAGAAUGUUGUCAACUUCUAUACACAGAUUUUGCGAGUCAAGGAUCGCGAUGUGUAUCCAAUGCUACUCGUCGCUAAUAAAGUUGAUCUUGUACAUCUGAGGAAAGUGACCGAGGAACAAGGCAGGGAAUUGGCGCAUCGAUUGGGAAUUCCGUAUAUCGAAACUUCAGCCAAGGACCCUCCGCUCAAUGUAGACGCCGCAUUCCAUGAGGUAGUCCGUAUAAUCAGGAACCAGCCACCUGCAGAGUUGGAGAAAAAUCGACGAAAACGAAGGCGAUCAGGAAAGUGUAAUCUUCUCUAAACUCGAAGCAGUUGGAAAGAUUGUAGGAAAUGGAAUUUUCUAACAAUGUUUGACCGUAAAAUUUUAUCAACUAAAACUCGGAAUUUGAUAGAGAUAUAAUUAGUAUUAUUCCACAAUGAAAGUGAUGAUUAUUAUUCUAAUCGUUUUAAGUUCUUUUAAGAUUUGUUUGAUUGUUAGAAAAAAACAUUUCUUAUUUUCCACGUAAGAGUUUGUUGAUAUGGUCUCAUCAAAUCUCGUCAUCUCACUCAUUAUCAAGAAAUAGUUUAAAAUUAUAUUUGAAGAUGUAUUCACUGGUAUUAUCGAGUUAGAAAUAGCAUGAAACCACUCGAACAUCCGAUGGCUUUUCAUCUUUCAACUACAAAGUCAAAACGGAUGUAUCAAUCAACACAUGUACACAUCAAUUUUUUACCAUCAACGAAAUAUGGAAUUGAUUAUUUUGUAUUCCGUAAAUUUAUAAUCUAUUGGGAAGCUGAUUCAUUCCCAAAAACUAAAAAUCUUCGUCAUCAAAUGACUGUAAUGAUUUUUCUUUUCCUUUUAAACAUAUAUGUAACAAUUGC